ACUCGAUUAAAGAAGUGGUAUACGUGACGAUUUACUGUAAUCAAAAAUAUAGGCAUCAAUGAGCGGAAUAUAUAAUGACAGUUUUAGCGUUUCAUGUUCGUGCUUUAAGUUUCUAAAAAUAACUACCGGGUAUUAGAAAAUACUGAACGCGAUGACUCUAUGUAUUUGGCAAUGAUCAACAAUACAAAAGUGAUGUUUCAUGUUUUCGUGAUUGUGGAACCCGAUUAUAAAAUACACAUGGUCACGAUUAAGUGCGAUUUAUAAAAACAAACCUAAGCGAUUUUCUAAUUUUAGAAUACAAUUAUAUUGGAAAGAACGAAAUUUAACCCUCCGCAUUUGGUAUCCGAUACAUUUAACCACAAUCAAUCGACACAAAACCGACACUAUGUGUUAAAAACGAUUUAAGCACGUUGUGCAAAACUACGGAUUGAUUACGUGUUACGUUACUAUAAUGUAGAUAAAGUAUGGAGAGUAUAAAUGAAUAUUUCAUAUUAUGAUUUGUACAAACAAGACCGUGCUAUAAAAUAAUUGAAAUAUUUAAAAACAAUUCAGGAUUGAAACGCCAGUGGGUACCCUGAAUAAAUAUAGGCUUUACAGACAGAAUCUGAGUAGCCAAAGGGAAAAAAAGAAAAACAACUGUCCGGAGUGGUUGCAAAGCAACGCGUUGGCACUAAACAUCAUGGCGACAUUGCGACAUAUCUCACUGAUCAACCGUUGUGCUUCUGCAGUGUUCGUUUUGUGUAUGUGGCUAUCAUGCUUAAACGCAUUGCGUCUUCCACACCUCCAGCUCACCAAACAAGAUAUCGUGACAAUUCAAAUAAAAUCAAAUGAUCGACAUAAACGGUCGGCGGACACAUUCCCGUUUGACAUAGAAGCAAACUUCUCCUCAUCGAAUGGAAUCUACAACAUCAAUCUACAUCGGAUUGAUGACGUCAUUGAUGACGUCCCAGUAGUUCUUAAUCACGCGGGAAAACUGAGGUCAUAUAAGGUUAUUGACCCCCAGAAAGUUGCCUACUAUGACGACCGCGCACAGGAGGCUGUGUUCAUGGUUUGGGAGAGGCCGAUGGCAGGCGAUGGGAGCGGGGCGCAGUCAUUCGAUUUUUUUGGCACGUUCGUUACGCACAAAACCCAGUUCCUCGUGCAGCCACGCGACCAUGCAACCGGAAGUCACACCCUGGCGCCCGUUAAAGACGUUCUCCCAACAGAGACGGACUUCCUUGUCAACCCAACGUUCGAUCGAGACUUGCUUGAGAAGACUAUGUCAAAUAUCUCUGAAACAAGCGGCGAACAUUUUCGGAACAAGCGACAGAGCACCGCGUACGAGGUGGAACUCUUCUUUGUCAUCGACUUCUCCUUGUAUUCAUUUUGGUACAGCCAAACAACGGGGACAGAGGCUUCCAGAAAAUCACAGACACUGAGUACCAUCAAACAGUUCUACGCAUUUGUAUUAAGCUCGAUGAACAUCCGUUACGAGAGCGUCACUGGUUCCGGUUACUCCAUCUCGCUGCGGUACGCCGGUAUCUACAUAGCAGAGACGACAGCUGCCGCACCGUUCAUCGAGGACAAUUUACUGGCGUUUCAAGUUAACGGACGCAAGACAUAUUUAGCUUCUACCGUUCUCGGCACAUUCAGGAACUGGGCAAAUGUAAACCUCGCUAACAAUUACAACUACGACCAUGCUAUCAUGUUUUCGAAUUACGAGAUGGGACAGGCUCCAAUCGGAACAUUCGAGGAGAGUACAGCAGGACUCGCAUACACGCCCGGGGCAUGUGAGAGUUAUCGAUACUCCAUCGUCGAAGACAAGUUCGAGACCAUCAUCGCAACCGUUGCUGCCCAUGAACUUGGUCACAAUCUGAAUGCACAGCACGAUGCUACAGGUAACGCGUGCGCGGAUGACAAGUUCGUCAUGUCACCGUCCACGUCUAUUAGCGAAGAUCAAACACUGACACGAAACCAGUUCCUGUUUUCGAGUUGCUCGAUCAGUUACUUUACAGGAUAUAUAGCGACACUGAACAGCAACAACAACAACUGCCUGUCCACUCGUACCGCUAACUACGACACUUCUGACUUAGAUCCAUACCUUAGUCACCUUGCCGGUCAGGUGUAUCCUCCGGACACUCAGUGCCAGUAUAUUCAGGGUGCGGGUUCUGCCCUUUACCGGGGCUAUUACAACUAUAAUUAUAGCAGCAUUUGCACUUUGUUGUCGUGUAUAAUUCCGGACACAAGCAGUUAUUCUUACCAUUUGUCUUGGGACGGAACAACAUGCGGAAGCGGAAAAAUAUGCAUGGCCGGGCAAUGUAUUGCAUCAGCAUCGGGUCCGUCCAUUACUGACGAGAGAUGCGCAUUCGGAAACACCCCUGGUAACCUCCUCGGAACCCCGGUAACCACCUGUGCCGCCAUCGUCGGGAGCACAGCGACCUCCUACAACUGCUACCAAGACUACUAUAGGGAGCAAUGCUGUGCAACAUGCGAGCAGUACCGCCUUGCAUAUAUCAAUAUAACAGAUUGUACCUAUGGAGACAAAGCGAGCUGGUGCUCCUCACUGUCACUUAGCGGUUGCUAUAGUAACGCAGGUCAGUGUUGUCAGUCAUGUCCGGCUAGAGCGUUGAGUAUUCCCAAUUGCCCUUAUGGAGACCGAGCAUCAGGAUGCGAUGUAACAUUAUGCCCCUCCUAUACCGAGAACACAAGAACUGUGGGCUGCUGUCUGACAUGCGCACCUGCUACCACUACAACUGCUACUACAACUACUACAACUGCUGCCACUACAACUACAACAGCUGCUACAACUACUACAACCGCAGCCCAUACCACUACAACUGCUAUUCCUACCACUUCAAUUGCUGCUCCUACCACUACAACUGCUGCUCCUGCCACUUCAACUGCUGCUCCUUCCACUUCAACUCCUGCUCCUACAACUACAACUGCUGCUCCUACCAAUUCAACUGCAGCUCCUACCACUUCAACUGCUGCUCCUACCACUACAACUGCAGCUCCUUCCACUAUACCUGCAGCUUCUACCUCUACAACUCCAGCUACCACCACUACAACUGCUGCUCAAACCACUACAACUGCUGCUCCUACCACUACAUUAUCUGCUCGAACAACUACAACAGCAGUUACUGCCACUUCAACUGCUGCUCCUACCACUACAACUGCUGCUAAUACCACAACGGCUGUUGCUACUACCACAAAAGCUGCUACAACCACUACAACUGCUGCUACAACAACUACAACUGCUGCAACUACAACUUCUACUACUACUUCUACUACCAUUGUAACAACUACCACUAUCACUACAACAGCUGCUCCUACCACUACAACUGCUGCAACUACCACUGCAACUUCUACUCCUAACACUACAACUGCAGGUUCUACAACUCCAACGGCUGCUCCUAUCACUACAACUGCUGCUCCUACAACAACGACAACUGCUGCUCUUACCACUACAACUGCUGCUCCUACCAUUACAACUGCUGUUCCUACCACUACAACAGCUGCUCCCACAACUUCAACGGCAGUCCCUACCACUACAACUGCUUCUUCUACCGCUAAAACUGUUGCUUCUACUAUUACAACUGCUGCUCCUACCACUACAGCUGCUGCUUCAACCACUACAACUGCUACUCUUACCACAAAAACUGCUGCUUCUACAACUAGAACAUCUGCUCCUAUAUCUGCAACAGCUGCUCCUACAACUACAACUUCUGCUCCUACAACUACAACAGCUUCUCCUACAACUACAACAAAUAUUCCAACCCGCACUACUUGGAUAACAGUACGAUUCCCAGUUAAUACCACCAACAUUAAUUUCGAUGAUCCAUUUUCCAUUUCCAUCAGAAACCUGAAGAUAGACCUCAGAAAUCAGUUGCUGCUCGUGUACCGCAACAUGGGGCGAAGAGUAAGAGACAUAGUCAUAAUUAACCUGAGGCGCGGCAGUCUGGUGGCGACGUACGAGGUUAUUUACGAGGACACACCGGAAUCAGCGAUAGAAUUGACCCACGCUACUCUAAGAAUUGUAUCUGGCAACCAAACCGUCACGAUUUUGAACGAGACUGUGCCUGCAACUUCCGUUCAAGUGAACGAAACCAUCGUUACCAAGGAGACGUUGAGUGAGAACGUGUGUCAUCUAUUUGUUGCCACCAGAGGCUGUGGACAGGGGUUCCACUGUGAGAACCAAGACGGGAAACCAGUCUGUGUACGAGAUGAAACAAAAGAUGGUUUGACCGUCGUUAUAAUUACUACAGUUUGCAGUGUGGUUGUACUGUUUAUCAUAACUAUAUUCGUCUGCAUUGUUGCGCGCUUCUGCCGUAACAAGAAGGCUGAUUCUAAAAAGUUGAGUACCUUUUGUUCCAGUGACGAGUCGCAAUGGAAGGAUAUUCCAAACUCUAUUACGCCAUAUUUGGGAUACUCCAACUGGCGAGAUAGAGCUAUAGGUAACGCCCCUUAUCCCAGAAGUGCUUUUGUUCACGGAAAUCGAUCAAAAGGGCCCUACUCUGCUGCUGUGUAUGGUGAUCACUUGCCGAGUGAAUACGGUCCUAAUGAGAGUUCGACACGAGGGUCGGAACACCGCCCUUACGUUGUGUCGGUGGACUUUCCGGACCAUUUACGCAAAUCAUAUGACAACGCCGCCUUCAAAUCGGAAGGGCACUUGGGCUACAGAAAACAGUGAGUGGGAUGUCAGACUGUCAAAUCCAAGCCGAAAUACCAAAGUGUUUAUAUAAAGACAGUGGAAUCACACGAUCGUAGUAUCAAUAACGCUUGCUGUGGAAACAAGCCCGAAGUGUAAACUCAUCUAAACAUGAGAUUUUGGACACAACGCAAAUACGGAGAUGUGUUCCAUUUUUUACUAUUGAAACAUAUUUGCAAUUAAGGCGGAUAGACAAUUUUGUUAUUUUAAAGAUGUAUUGAAAUUAUAUUAUGUAAUAUUUCAGUGUGUGUUGCUUGCUUAAAUAUCAGAAUCUGCUCAAAGGUUAUGUUGGUUUAGAUUAACAAUUGCACUGCAUAGUUAAUACGGUAUUUAUUUGCAUUUGUAUGUUGUAUAUAUGUUACACAUUUGGGAAUACAUGUGGGUACACGUA